GGAAGUUUUCGGAUAAAGCAUUUGUACUCUAUGACGUUGUUAGUAAUAAACACCUGGGUUUGUUCUGAUGAUAUUUGAGUACGUUUACAGUGAUGUCGAAUGAUAAUAUAAUCGGUCCCGCUUUACCACCGGGGUUACUGUCGAACAGAAGUGAGGAAUCAGAUGAAGACGAAACGAUCAUAGGUCCAGCUCUUCCCCCGCUCUAUAAACGAGAGUCCUCAAGUUCCUCCAGUGAUCAGGAGCAGGUGGUGUUCAAGAGAGCCAGAUACUCAGGAUCAGGGGACAGUCUGCCUUACAAGAAAGGAGAAGCAAGGAGGAGAUGUGAUGAUGAUGAUCAGGAUGGUGAUGAAGAUGUAGAUGAUUGCUUCUUUGGUCCAGCUCUGCCUCCAGGAUACCAGAAGCAAGACAGUUCACCUGACAGGCCCCCCGUGCUUGGACCCGCACUGCCUCCGGGCUUUAAAAAGCAGCAACAUGAUGAUGAUGAUGAUGCGGAAGAGGAUGAAGAACGAAGCGUUUUAGGACCAGCACUUCCUCCCGGAUACAAACCGGAGCCUUCCAGCAGCGAGGCAGAGGACGAGGAGGUUUUUGGGCCGAUGCCGUCCAGAGGGGAAGUUCAGAGCUCCGUGGCACUGGAUAUUGAAAGAAGAGCGAAAAAGAUGAAGGACAGAUUACUUGGGCAGAAUGACGAACCCGAGAAGCCUGAGAGAGAGAGCUGGAUGAUGGAGCUGCCGCCUGAGAUGCAACACGUCGGACUGGAAGCACGAAGUUUUAAAAAGAAAUCAGGACCUGAGAACAAAGACCGCUCCAUCUGGACCGACACGCCGGCCGACCGAGAUCGCAAAGCUAGGGAGCGACAAGAAGCAAAAGAGAAAGGAGAGACAACGAAAGACGAUGGUCCUCGUCUCUCCAAAAAAGAUCUGGAAAUGGCAGAUAAAGUGUCCAAGUACAAUGACUCCAAGCGAGGCGAGUCGCUCCUGAGCAUGCACGCUAAGAAAAUGAAAAAGAAAGCCGAAGAAGAUUCGAAUAAGCCGGUGGAGAGGAGGCCCUUUGACCGAGACAACGACCUGCAGGUCAAUCGGUUUGACGAGGCGCAGAAAAAAGCCCUGCUGAAAAAGAGUCAAGAGCUCAACACGCGCUUCUCGCACAGCAAGGAUCGAAUGUUCCUCUGAGGAAAUGGUUUACAGACAGAACUAUUAUCAAAAAAAUAUCAAUCAUGCAGCCUGCAAAAUACUGAAAUCAUGGACUUCUUUAAAGCUGCAGUUUGUAAUGUCUAAAGGGUUUUUUUUUUUUUCUUCUUACAUAUAAUGUCAUUCUAAUUCAUUAUGAAAGAAUAAUUUAAACAAACAAAAAUGACAAAUUGUACAAUUAUUUAAACCUCGUCUUAUUUUGUAAACUAUAAGACAUUAACUGGGUUUAAACACAUUAUUAAGUAGUCUGGAAACUGCACGGGGGAGGUGAAAUACCUACUUCCAGUUAUAUUAAUAUGAUAUUGUACAUAAAUCUGCUUAUUUCUGGUCUGUUUUUUUUAUGGUUGUGACAUCAGAUAUUCUGUGCUGUAAUUUCAAGCUUUUGUAAAGAUGAGAUAAAGAUUUCAAUAAUAAAAAAAAAGCAAAUGA